AUGCUUGGAAAUGAUUGGUAAUCCAAGAUAAAAAUAAGUACAACACAACCAAAUACAGAAUGAUAGUUCGUGUAACUAACAGAGAUAUCAUUUGUCAGAUUGCUUAUGCCCAUAUAGAAGGAGAUAUGAUAGUUUGUGCAGCUUAUGGUGUGAAGGUUGGCCUGACAAAUUAUGCUGCAGCAUAUUGUUCUGGCCUGCUGCUGGCAUACAGGAUUCUUAAUAGGUUUGGUAUGGACAAAAUUUAUGAAGGCCAAAUCGAGGUGACUGGAGAUGAAUACAAUGUGGAAAGCAUUGAUGGUCAACCUGGUGCCUUCACCUGUUACUUGGAUGCAGGGCUUGCCAGGACUACUACUGGGAAUAAAGUUUUUGGGGCCCUGAAGGGAGCUGUCGAUGGAGGCUUGUCUAUCUCUCACAGUACCAAACGGUUCCCUGGUUAUGAUUCAGAAAGCAAAGAAUUCAACGCUGACGUACACCGAAAGCACAUCAUGGGGCCGAACGUUGCAGAUUAUGUGCAUUACCUGAUUGAAGAAGAUGAAGAUGCUUACAAAAAACAAUUCUCUCAAUACAUAAAGAACAACGUAACUCCAGACAUGAUGGAGGAGAUGUACAAGAAAGCUCAUGCUGCAAUACGAGAGAAUCCAGUGUAUGAGAAGAAGCCUAAGAAAGAAGUUAAAAAGAAGAGGUGGAACCGUCCCAAAAUGUCACUUGCGCAGGAGAAAGAUCGGGUAGCUCAGAAGAAGGCAAGCUUCCUUAGAGCUCAGGAACAGGCUGCUGAGAGUUAA